GUAUUCGAACUGGCUAAGUGCUUAAGAUACUCGUAGUUAACUCGAGGUCAGUAUAUAUCCAGGCCGGGCAGGGUAGCACGAUGGCGCCACAGGAGAGCGGCAGGCCAACAGCCACCGGCACCGCGAUGAAGGUGUGCCGUCGACGCCGCUUUCUCGGCGUCCGGCAAAGGCCGUCGGGCCGGUGGGUCGCCGAGAUCAAGGACUCAGCGCAGCGCGUCCGCCUGUGGCUCGGCACGUUCGACACCGCCGAGGACGCGGCGAGCGCUUACGACGAGGCGGCGCGCGCGCUGCGCGGGGACGGCACGCGCACAAACUUCGCCGCGCGGCAAGCAGCCUCCCCGGCGAGGGCGAGGAUUAGCAAGAACCUGCAGCACGUCAUGGCGAGGGCGGCCGCGGGCAGGUCAUCCUCGGCGUAUGGCCCUGGUGUGAGCGACCAGUUCGCGCUCGCCGCAGUGUUCCGGCACUGGCAGCAGCCGACGCUCGCGCAGCGCCAGCAGAUUCUGCCGCGAGGCUGCGGUGUCGAGGCUGAACACGUGCAGGUGGCAUCCAGCGCGGUGCAGCCGAGCUUCGUCGUGCCGAGGCGCACGGAGGCGCCGCCGCCGUCGGCAACGCUUGAAAAUGAGGACGUUGUCUGGGGCGCGGGCAUGAUGGACGUUUUGGAGUUGGCCGGCGGCGGCGGCGUGGAGACGACCGCGGAGCAGGCGUUCAGGGUGUCGUCGUCUCUGAUCGUGCCGUCCAAGUUCGGUGCAGCGCCAGAGCCGUUGUUUGGUCUCGAUGAUUUCUAGCCAUCAGAGAACGUGGUUCGAUUGCGCUCGCGCGCGCGAUGGAACAGUGUACAUAUAGCGCGAUGCC